AGAAAAAGAAGAAGAGUCGGAGUAACGCGGAGUGUGAAACGCGUUUAAUGGUGUAAAAUCAACAAAUCAAUUGUUUAAAAUUAGUUAUGCGCCCUGCGCUCAACUUCUGCAAACGUAAUGCACUAAAAUAUGAUGGUGAAACGUGUUAGUAAUUGCUUAAAAUGUAGUUUUAAAAUUUGUCUUAUUAGCGUGUUGGUAAAGAUGAAAAACACAUAGGACGUGAAAGCAGGCAACAAACGAUUAAACAACGCCGCCUUUCACAACUACAAAACCCAUAAACCAAAUAAAAGUGUGUGCGUUUCAAACUUUGUGAAAAUGUGUGUGAAUAUCGCAAAACAUAUGUGUAUGCAAAACAUAAUUUAGUGCCGAAUAAAACAAAUGCGACACACUAAAAAAAAAUAAAAAUAAAUAUCAGAGCUUGCCAUUUUUAAACUAGUGUUGUGAAAUAUGAAGUGAACCAACAUAAAUAACAUACACGCAGAUGGAGUAUACAACGAAAGAUCGUUUUACGUGUUAAACUUUUGAAGCAGUUUCGUUGUGCUGGAUAACAACAAAACAACGAUACAACAACAACACUGGGAACAACGAGAACUGGCUAGAAGACAAACUGCAAUAGCCAAAAAAAAGAGAAAAAAAGUAGGCGCGCCAAUUAGAAAGCUUGCCGACUCAGGAAUAAGAAGAGUGAAGUGAAGAAAUAAAAAACGCACCGUUCCGUUAUGUUUGUAAUGGCUAACAAUGUAAUGUGGCACAGUGUUGGAAAUCGUAUUUGCAAUUUGAAUGCGCGCCGCCCACAAUUAGCAGCCGCCAGCAGCGGUCAGCAGCAGCAGGCAAACGCCGACGAAGAAAGCAUUUCUGGUUAUGCAUUAGGCCCCCAAACGUUUGGGGGCACCACCAUCACCAACAGAAGCAGUAGCAGCAUCCGUAGCAGCAGCAGAAACAGCAACAGCAGCAGCACGACGCGGCAAAAGUCACAAGAUCAAAAACAACAGCGGUGGCCGCAGAGGCAAAAGCUUCUAGUGAAUAACAAUAAUAAUAAGAUGUCAAGUGCAGUAGUGUUGUGAAAUGCCUAAAUUGAAACGCAUCAGCAGCAGCAACUAGAGAAGAAGAGCAACAAAAACUUAGCACCAGUAAAAAAAAACAAAAACAAACUCCGCCCCCACUCCCUAUAAGCAUACCAAUUGAGUUUUAAACGCGAAAAACGAAGCGCGCAUAUACAUCUUAAUAAUAUAUAAUACACAUCUAUAUCAUUUGUGAGCAACAAUUAAAUUUGUAAACAUGCCAAUGUCCACCACACACGACAAGGUCUUUGUGGAACCAGUCGUCAGCAGCAGCAGCAGCAACAACAGCAACAGCAGCAUCAGCAUCAACAGCAGCAGAAUUGGCCUCAGUGGUGGGGCACACCAGCAGCAGCAACAACAGCAGCCACCCCACAUUGUGAUCGAUGGCAGCAGCAUCUCGACGCAGGCGAAUCUGAAGCGGAUCAUGCAACGGCGGAUGUCAAUUCAGACGCAGCCCGCACAAAAGUACGCGGUGCGUACAACAGCAGCGCAACAGUCACAUCUCUCGCAUCAGCAGCAACAUCAGCAGCAGCAGCAACAACAUCAGCAACAGCAACAUGAACUGCUUAAUCCACAAAUCUAUGAGAUUGUAACGACAGACGGCAGCACCAGCAAUGUCAUCAUUGAUACUUCCGCUGCGGCGCCGCCGCACAACUCCAAACUGUUGCUCAGUAAUCUCACGGUGCUCUCCAAACAAGCGCCCUCCAUGUCCUCCCAGUCACAGCAGCAGCAGCAACUCAACUAUGUCAACGCGAAAAAUUUGCCCUAUGUAACUGCAACGCCAGCUGCUCUGAAGCAGCAGCAGCAAAAGUUCGGCCCACUUGGCGGCUACAAAGCCGCUGCUGCCACACAAAAGCAAUUGCAAAGCUAUGCGCAGCAGCAGCAGUCGGCAGCAGCAACAACGACGACGACGCCGAUAAUGCAAAAGGUGACGUUAGGCUCACGUGUUGUGACGCGACUACAGUCGUAUGUGCCACCCCAGCAGCAGCAGCCGCCGCAGAUAAUUGUGCAGCCAGCAUCAGCAGCAGCGCAGCAGAAAUAUGUAAAUGCUGCCAUCAAUCGGCCGGCGAUUACAACGACUGCAGCUGGUGGCAGCACAUCUGCGGCGUUGCUCAAGAAGGCCAAUCAAAAGAUAACCGUAAAAAGUGUAGGUAAUAUGCUGCAGCAACAACAUCAGCAACAACAGCAACAACAACAACAACACCAACUAAAAGCAUUUAUCUGCUCCCAGCAAACGGCGGCAGCAAACAAGGCUGCUGGAGUCAAACCCAAAUUUGUCAAGCAAUACAAUAGCGUUGGCAACGCAGUCACCGGACUAUCCAUUGCUGCUGUGCCCCAGCAGCAGCAGCAACAACAACUGCAGAACGCCUACAUCAAGCAGCAGCAACAGCAUCUAGGACCCACCAAAGUGGGUGUCAGCAAACUGACAACUAGCAGCGGCACAAAGUAUGUGUUGUCGCAGCAGCCGCUGCAACAGUUGGCAGCCAAUUUGCCGCAGGGCACGCAACUGCAACAGAAGACAACAGGCAGCGGCGGCUAUAUGCUGCAGCAGUCAUCAACGCCGGGCGCCAUAAAGUUUGUCAAUUCGCAUGGCACUGUCAUCCAGCAGCAUCAGCUGCCAACACUUGGUGGUCAGCCCAAGCGCAUUCAUUACAACAGCACCAGCAGCAGCAGUGGUGGUGGUGCUGACAGCACCAACGAUCAUCAGCAGCAGCAGCAGCAAUCGUCGUUAAUCACCGAUGAUGUUAUGAUUGUGAAUGGCACCCAGAUGACAGAUGAGCUGUCGGCUCGCAUCUUGCAGAGCAUGGCCCAAAAAUCGUUCAGCCAACAGCAGCAACGCUUUCAGCAGCAGACAACACCAACUGUUGCAGCAGCAGCAGCAACAGCAACAAGCAUGCCGCCACCGCAACCAACGGCGACGCCCACGCAAAUCAUAUAUGGAGCAAACAGUGGCAACAACAGCAGCAGCAACAACAACAACAACAACAAUCUGUUGCUGACGCACUAUCAAGCGGCAGCAGCAGCAAUGUCGCCCAGUUCAUCAGCGACGGCAUCUUCUUCGCCAUCAUCGGCAACAACAACCACAUCAUAUCUGACGGUGACCACGUCCAGUGCGCCCUCGGUGAGCAUCUCUUCGCAUGGGUUUGCCAGCGGCAGUGCCGCAAUGUCCUCGUACAUGUCGGCAACGGCGGCACGUCGUCAAUCGGUGAGUGCGCCGAGCAGUCGAGCAGCAUCGCUGGAACGGAAACAGCAGCAGCAGCACUUGCAACAUGAUGUUGUCGCAUCAGCCAUCAUCCGCAAGCCGCCCCCCAAUGUGGUCGAGUAUUACAAACACAGCCUGAGCAAUAGCACCAGCAAUUUGAGCAGCCUGCGCAGCAACUCAAAUUCCAAUUCGAGUUUACACAGCACAGCAGCCACAACGUUGACCUCCUCCUCCCCAGUGACGACGCCACAUCUGACGCCCGUGCAUGUGGAUGCAACGACGCUAGUAAUGAAGCCUCAGCAACAACAGCAGCCGCCACUUUUGCAGCAUCAGCAACAACAGCAGUUGAGUGCCAAUGAGGAGGAGUUGCACAUUGAAGAGGUGCGUCCGGUGCCUGUGCAUACACAGGAUUUGCGCCUGCAGCAGUUGCAUGCCAUCAUGCAGGAUCAUACCUAUGCAUCCCAGCAACAACAGCAACAACAUCAGCAGCAACAACAACAGCAGCAAGCGACAGCCGUCACAGCACAGCAACUGCUGCAGCAGCAGCCACAGCAAUGGUCACUUGGUGGCAUUGGUGUUACGGUAGCAGGUGGCGUAGCUCCAACAACAGUAGGCAACUACAGCAACUACUAUGGACAGCAAAUGGGACGCCAUUUGGUGGACGAUGAUGCGCACUCGGCUAUAAGCGGCAGUUCUCGGUUGGCCGGCGCCGACAUUGAUCCCGGCGAAGAAACGGAAACGGCGCCCGAAGCCGAGGCCGAGGAUGAUUCCGUAACGCGCUGCAUUUGUGAACUAACCCACGACGAUGGCUACAUGAUCUGCUGCGACAAGUGCUCCGCCUGGCAGCAUGUGGACUGCAUGGGCAUCGAUCGUCUCAACAUACCGGAAGAGUAUCAAUGCGAGCUGUGCCAGCCACGGGCCGUGGAUAAGGCUCGGGCACGUGCACUGCAGCGUCAGAAGCGCAGGGAGCACAUGAUGUUGGUGGCCACGCAGGCGGCGAGUGGGGCAGCCGCAGCAGCAGCAAAUGCCGCCGCUUCAGCCGCAGCAGCAGCAGCGGGUGCAGGUGCAGGUGGAGGUAUUGGCUCCAAUCCGAUGGGCGCUGUAGCAAGCGUGACAGCUGGUGGACUAUUGUACCAUAGUCAAGAACAGCUGCAGCAGCAACAGCAGCAGCAACAACAACAACAACAACUACUACAGCAACAGCUGCAGCAACAGCAGCGCCUGCAAGCCGCCGGUCUCAAUGGUGGCUUUGGAACAGGCCCCGCUGCUGCAAUAGGCGGCGGCAUAAGCAACAAGAAGUCAAAGAAAACCAAAGAUGGCACCGCCGCCACCACACUAAACAAUAAGAAGAGCAAGAAGAACGGCGACAAAUUGGCGGGGGGCAGUACAGGCACUGGCACUGCAGGCGGCGCAUCCACCAACACAAAGGCGGCCAAGAAGAGCAGCAAGCGCAAGAGUAAAUCGAGCGGAGAUGGCAGCGGGGGUGGCAGCAGUCCUGCGCUAACCGCCGCCGAGAAGCAUGCUGCGAAUCUGCGUCAAUGGAUCGAACACUACGAGUAUGCGGUGACCAAUCAUUAUUCGCCAGAGUUGCGCGCCCGCCUCCAUGCCAUACAGAAGCAGCCCAGCUUGCUGCAGAGCAUACAGAAUACGGAGAAUAAGGCGUUGCGUCUAAUUGCUGGUGGCUGUGCCAGCGAACUGGAGAAGCGUGCCCAAUUGAUACCCUACGCCGGAGCCAAGGUGCUCAUCAGCAGUGUUGAUCUGGCGCCGCAUGCGCCCAUCCAUGAGCUGAGGGGCAAGUAUAUGCUGACGACUCAGUUUCGCACACAAAAUCCCACCGUUAACAUGAACACACCACCGCCGAGCAAUUAUCUGAAUAGCUUCAAGGUGCACAAGACGCCCGGACAGUUUGUGUUCUUCUAUCAGAUGCCGGGCGUUGAGGCGCCCAUGCAAACGCAUCCAGCACAGAUGGCCAAUCAGCAGCAACAGCCGGCGCCGUUGCCGUUGCCCGCCUACCUCAAGGGACCCGAAGUGUGCGUCGAUACGCGCACCUAUGGCAAUGAUGCACGUUUCGUGCGUCGUUCGUGUCGUCCCAAUGCAGAGCUGCAGCAUUAUUUCGAGAAAGGCACCCUGCAUCUGUACAUUGUGGCACUGAUACCGAUUCGUGCUCAAACAGAGAUUACGGUGCGGCACGAGCCACAUGAUCUCGCCGCGGUGCAGCACAAGAAAUCCCAUUCGGCCGUCAUACAACCGACGAGCACCCGGUGUGCCUGCGAUCUGGGCAGCGAUUGUCUCUUUGCCCUGCCACUGGCCGUGCAACAACAAUUGCAGGCACCACCCGCCCAACCGCGCAGCAGUCAUCGCAAUAAAGCAGCAGCAGCUGCAGCAGCAGCAGCAACUGCUGCCACCAGUGCGGCAGCCAUUCAAUUAACCAUGGGUCUGGGCAACAAUACAACUGUGGCGGCGGCAGCAGCAGCUGCGGCGGCAGCAGCGGCGGCAACAGCACGCAAUCGUUCCACUUCCUCGAGUGGUGAGAGCAGCAGUCACAUGGGCCUCAAUAGUCCUCAGCUGAGCCAAUUGAAUUUGGGCUUCAAGCCCAGUCCAGCAUUAGUGACGUCAGCGGCCACAGUUGGCGGCAUCGUUGGCACGGCAACGGCGGCUGCAACAGCUGCCGCUGCAAUGCUCUGCAAUAGCAAUAGUAAUAGCGGCAACAGCAAUAAUUCCUGUUCCGUUUCCAUGUCGAGUGUGUUGCACGAUUCUGGCAUCUGUACAUCGUCAUCAUCGCCAUCUGUCUCAAUACCAUCUCCCACGCCCACCCAACUGCAGUCGCCUACAUUGCAACAGCAACAGCAGCAGCAAAAUCAGCAACAGACAUCACUGCUGCAGCGCAGUCCAACUCAACAGCAGCAGCAAAUAUUGGCAGCAUUGCCCACGCCCAUGUUGCUGUCGCCACAGCUGUUGCAGAAGCCACCGAUGCAGCAACAAGCAUCAUUGUUACAACAGCAGCAACAACAGGAGCCGCUGGCGGUAAUAGCAGCUGCAGCAGCAGCGCAGCGACCUAUGACCACUUAUUAUUUGCAGCCGCAGCAGCAGCAACAACAGCUCAAUGUGCAACGACAGCAACAACAGCAGCAGCAGCAGCAGCAAAAUCAGCCACAGCAGCAGCAGCAGCAACAACUUUACGCACAGCAGCACCAACAGUUGGCCGAUGAGGCACGCAUAGCUGUGAGUGCUUUGCAAACAUUACAUGCCACGCCCACGUCUCACAUAGUAACGCCCAUCAAAAUAAAUGCAACACAAGCGCUGAAGCAGCCAUCAAUGCCAACAACACAGCAGCAGCAGUUGCUACUGCAGCAGCCACAACAACAGCAACAAUUGCUGCUGCAACCGCCGACACAGCAACAGCAGCAGCAAUCACAAGUGUAUCAGUCAGCGGUGGUUACGCCCACAAAAACGCCUACCAAAUUGACUAUACAGCCAAUCAACAACAAUUGCAACAACAACAAUAAUAUUAGCAGCAACAAUAAUAAUAACACAACGCCAGCCACGCGAAAAACACCAGCAAAAGUUGCAGCAACACCAACGGCAGCCAGUAGUCCAGCACUGGUGGAUGCAAAGGAAGAUGAAACCAUCUCAACAACAACAACGACGACAACAACAACAGCAGCAACGGCUUCCACACCAGCAACAUCUACUCCAGCCAAGAAAGAUAAACCGAAAUCACGCGAGGAGCGAAAACUGGAGGCCAUCCUGCGUGCCAUCGAGAAAAUGGAGAAGCAAGAGGCGCGCGGCAAGAAAGCAGCUGGUGGUGGUGCGGAUAGCCGCCAGGUGGGUGGCAAACAGCAGCGUUCAAGCAAUUCACCAGCAUCUCCACGCAAACGCAACGCCAGCAGUAUUUCGAUCAGUGAGUCGGCGGAUUCCAGUGCUCUCAGCUUGGGCACGCCAACCACCAGCAAUAACAGCAAUAAAACUGGUGGAUCGCGACGCAAUAAGAAGAAGCGUAAAGUGAGUCGCAGCUACAACAACAACAACAAUAGCAAACGUCGAAAGAGUCUCAGCGAAUCGGAUGCGGAGUCGCAUACAGACAACAACAACAACGACAACAACACUGUGCAGCAGCACCUGCAACAGCAACAACAAUCGGCAGAUCAGGCUGCAGGAUUGUUGCUCGCGCUGGCGCACAAUGGUUGCGAACCAUUCAAGUCACCAGCAGCAACAUCCGCAUCAGCAUCGGCAGCUUCUUCCUCCGUCAGCAGCGCUUGUCUCUUAAUUGAGGCAGCCAUGGGACCGUUGGAGCAACAACCCCAACAUGCCCAACAUCAGCAAUCGGUUCUUAAUCAAUUGCAAUCACCAUCACUGGGUGAAUUUAAAUAUCCGCCGAGUGGUGCCAAGACCAAAAAGACGCUCAUGUCCAGCUGGUUUCAGCAAUCCGAGCAGUGUGGUGAGCACCAACAACAAUCCGGUCUGGACAGUCUAGUGCUGGUCGCAAUGAGUGAAAUAAAUGGCUCUAGGGAGCAACUGCAACAACAACACCAACAGCAACAGCAGCAACAACAAAUGCAGUUGGAUUCACCCGCUCCGGCAUUACUUAAAGUGGAGCAAUUUAUACAUCAGGUGGAGGCGACGGAGCGUUCACAGAUGCCCUCCGUGCAGAACAACUCGUCGGUGAAGAAGCGAUGGCUGCGCCAGGCCAUCAGUGAAGAAACCACCGAUGAGAAUCAGCCCCAAGCACCAGUUACGCCCACACCGAGUAUAUCGCCACAGUUGCAGACACCGCCGCCACUGUUGCUCUCUAACGGUUUCAGUACACCGCUGAAAAAACGACGAUUGGUUGUGUUGAGCAAUGGUGGCCUGGAGGCGACAGCAGCUGAGGAGCCGCACAUUGAUGUAAUUGGCAGUGUCGGCGAAGAGGAGCACAAGGUGGAAGUGGAGACAAAAACGGACAUCUUAAAGGUGGAGACAUCGCAGCAGCAUCAAAAUCAGCAACAGAAUCAGUUUGAGCAGGAUGAUGAUGUUGAUAUUCUACGCUCACCCAGUCCGGGUGCCCAACAAAUUGUGGCCGAGGAUAAUUUGGUGAAGAUCGAGCCAGAGGACACGAGUGCUGCUGCGGACGAUGUCAAAAUCGAUGUGGAGCGUGAAGAGAGUCAGGCGUGUGAUAAGUUCGAAGAGCUAGUCAAGGUACAGCGAGAAAAGGAGGAGCAAAAGCAGCAACAACAACAACAACAACAGGAGCAGCAGCAGCAGCCAAAACCAGAACCUCUAGAGGAGCAACAACGGGUGGUCAAAGUGGAGCCAAAGGCAGAGAUUAAGUCAGAACCUGUAAUUAAACUUGCUGUCGCCAAAGUGGAACCAAUGCCGGAACCCAAACCAGGUGAAUCGCUACUACGCACAGCAGUAACAGCAACAGCAAUGCCAGCAACAGCAACAACAACAACAACAAGUGCGACUACUUCGCUUGUGGAUUCUGUAAAGGCAGCGAUUAAAGAGCGCACCUCAGCCAUCAUCAAAGAGGAAGAAGAGCCGGUCAAGAAGAAACCCAAGCUUGAAACGCCAGCAACAACACUCACUUCAGCAGCUGCAGCUGCAACAGCCGCAAUCGCAACACCAACAACCACAGUAACAACUGCAGCAGCAGGAGCGGCAGCAGUAACAACAACAACGUCUGCGGCAAGCAGCAAAAAUCUAACCGAGUUGGAUAUUCAGGAACGUUUGUUGUCUUUCCAUGCGGAGAACAUAUCCUAUCUGCAGUCGCGCAACAAGAAGGCCACUACCAACAGCAGCAGCAGUAGCUCCAGCAAGAGCAACAGCAACAGCAUCGACUUGCCAGCGAAGAAAUCCAGCAGCAGCAAGGAGAAGGAAGAGAAGCGAGAACGCGAUAAGCAGCAAAAGAAAUCGAAAAAGGAUAAAAAGAAGUCUAAGGAAAAGGAUAAAUUGAAGGUGGCAGCAAUUGCAGCGAUGGCGGCACCGGAGCCCAAAAAGAAGCAGCCCAAAGAAAGCAAACAACAACUGUUGGCAGCUGCAGCAACAUCAGGAACAACAACAGCGAAUGGCAAGACAAAACACAACAGCAGCAGCAGCAACAACAACAGUCUGGAACAACAGCUGCAACUGCAACAACAAUCGGCACUGCGCCGUCGCACCAUGUCCAUAUGUGUUGCACCAUCCACACAGCCGGGAACGGCAACCACAGCCCAAGCGACAACAACAGCAGCAGCAACCACAGCACCAAUAGCCACAACGAAGAAGCGCCAAACGAACUUUGAACAGGAGCUGACCAAACCAAAUAGCCAAAUUCUCAGUAGUAGUUUAUUGCUCAACACCAGCAAGGCACCGCAAGCAACAACAGCAGCAGCAACAGCCAUUGCUGCUGCAGUUGUUGCACCCAGCACAGCCGCACAGCAUCGCAAGGAGAACAAUCAUCAUCAUCAUCAUCAUCAUCAACAUCAUCAACAUCAGCAUCCGGAGGCAGCCAUGAGUCUAGCAGCAGCAAUCGCCAGUGGCAAGUUGACAGCCAUCACUCGGCGGCGUGAAUCGAUGUGUGGCAGUCGCCAGCAGGCGGCAUUCAUUGCGGCCGCUCUCAAGAAAGAGAAGAAGGAGAAGAAAAAAAGCAAAAAGAAGGAUCGUGAGAAGAAGCAAAAGGACAAAGAUAAGGACAAGGAGAAAGAUAAAGAUAAAGAAAAGGAGGCGACGUCAAAGCUAAAGACCCACAAUCAACAGAAACCGCCAACCACAACAACAACCCCAACACCAGCAACACCCAAAACAACAAACUUAGCCAAAUCAGCAACUGGCGGCGCAGUUUCUGUACCAGUUUCAGCUGCACCAAUUCCAGUGCUCAUCACACAACCAACACUAGGAGCAACACCAAUAGCAGCUUCGUUGUCUGUGCCACUUGUCGGCAGCACGGCAAAGCAGCAAUUGCCAUUCUACAAUACAAUUUAUGGCAAACUGCAGGAGCCGCCGCCGAUAUUGGCAGCAUUGUCCACAAAUCCCGCUUUGGUAUCCGCCUCACCGCUGGUCAAAAUCGCAAACAAUAGCAGCAAUACCAGCAGCAACAUGCCCAGUUUGGCGGAGUAUUUGGAGGCGACCAAAACGAAGGCGGUGUCAACGGCUGUGCCUGCAAUCGCUUUUGCUCCCAUUGCACCCAAUGGCACUGUUGCAGCAGCAGCAGGAGCAGGAGCAGCAGUUGCAAUGCAGUCACCAGCCGCUGCAGCUGCAGCAAUAGAGAUUAUGCCACCGCCAGCAACAACGCCGCUGAAACUGUACACACGCACCGCCAGUCAUGAUCCGCGCUUGAAUCCUAUGCUAACCGUGCCGGAGCCGGCCCCGAUGCCCAAACGUAAGCUGUCCAUUAGCGAGUAUCGGAUGCGACAUCGUCCCUCCGUUGAUACGCGGCCGACGACGACACCUCCCGCGACACCAACAACGACACCGACAACUCCACCGACAUCGACCGAUCGCCAGUUGUUCGCCAAGCCGCAGACCAUCAAUAAAUGUUCACUGCAAUCUCCGGAUCGCUAUCAGGCCGCGAUGCGUGAGCGACGCAAUUCAAUAAGCAUACACCAGAACAAGAACAUCAACAACAACAACAGUAGCAACAAUCAUCAUCAACAGCAGCAACAGUUGUUAUCGUCACAUCAGCAGCAUCACCAGCAACACCAUUUGUCGGCGCUGAAGAGCAACACGUUAAAUGCUUCUCGUGUCCUUGAUCGGCUGGGUGCUGGUCAGCUGGUGUCUGUGUAUGUAUGUUUGCCUGGGUUGUGCUGGUGUGAGUGUGGGUGCGAGCUCCGCGCGCGAUAUUUCCUUUGGACAACAAAACAAAAAUGCGCGCAGACGAUGGAGUAAUCCCUAAUGAUCAGAAACGGCAACUACAAGGAUAAACCAAAUAUGUAACCCAGUUAUUACACUUGAAAUAGUAAUCCAAAUCCGAAUGGCAUACAAAAUGCCAACAAUGCUGUCUUAUCGAAUAAUGAUGCUAUACGUUGUGUAUGAAAAAUGAUAUGAUUAGCACAGCGCAAGAGGAGCAACAACAAAAAUCCGAAAACGGCAGUCAGAUAUGAAAUCCUUAUUAUUUGUGUUUUAAACGCUAUUACUCGCUAUAAUUAAUAAUGCUUACUUACAAACAUA